AUGCUGUCCCUGCGCCCACCCUCGGCCCCCUCGACAGCAGCGCGAUGGGCAUUGCGCCCUCUGCCCCAGUCACCGCCACCGCCACUGCUACACACUCGCACUUGCACUCGCACUCGCACUCGCACUCGCACUCGCAGUCACGCCCUCGCCCUCACACACCCCGCCCGUCCCGUCACCCUCUCGCGUAGCUCUUCUACUUCUUCGACUUCUUCGACUUCUUCGACUUCUUCGACUUCUUCGACUUCUUCGACUUCUUCGACUUCUCCGACUUCUCCCACCACCACCGUCUUCUCCGGCAUCCAGCCCACCGGCGUCCCCCACCUCGGCAACUACCUGGGCGCCCUCCGCCAGUGGGUGCGCCUGCAGCGCGACGCCGCCCCCGCUUCGACCCUCCUCUUCUCCAUCGUCGACCUGCACGCAAUCACCGCCAGGCAGGACCCGCGCGCCCUCCACCAAUGGCGCCGCGAAAUGCUCGCCAGCCUGCUCGCCGUCGGCCUCGACCCGGCCCGCUGCAUUCUCUUCGCCCAGAGCCGCGUCAAGCAGCACGCUGAGCUCAUGUGGAUCCUCAGCUGCGGCGCCUCCAUGGGCUACCUGGGCCGCAUGACCCAGUGGAAGAGCAAGCUGCACCUGCCCGCCGACGCCUCGCCCCUCGCCGCCUCCCGCGACCAGCUCAAGCUCGGCCUCUUCUCCUACCCCGUCCUGCAGGCCGCCGACAUCCUGCUCUACAACACCACCCACGUCCCCGUCGGCGAAGACCAGGCCCAGCACCUCGAGCUCACCCGCGACCUGGCCACCGGCUUCAACCACCUCUACGGGCCCCUCCUCACUGUCCCCGAGACCCUGCUGAGCCCCGCCAAGCGUGUCAUGAGCCUGGCCGACCCCACCAAGAAGAUGAGCAAGAGCGACCCCAAGCCCAAGAGCCGCAUUCUCCUCACCGACUCGCGCCACACCAUCCACCACAAGCUCAAGGCCGCCCUCACCGACUCCAUCGACGGCCUGACCUACGACCGCCACGCGCGCCCGGGCGUCUCCAACCUCGUCGACCUCAUCUAUCACUUUGACCCAGCCGGCGCUGCUUCCCCGGAAGAGCUGGCCCACGACCUGCGCGGCCUGAGCAUGCGCGCCUUGAAAGAGAAAGCCGCAGACACUGUAGACGAGAGCAUCCGCCCCAUCAGGGAGCGCUACCAAGAGCUCAUGGCCGGCGACCAGAAGGAGCUCGUUGCCCACGCAGAGCAGGGCGCUCGGAAAGCAGAAGCUAUCGCAGAGUCCACCAUGCAAAGAAUACGGAAUGCCAUGGGUAUAGGCUGGUGA